AUGGCGAUUCACCGGUUGCCGAUUUUGUUCUUCGCUCGCCUUCAGGAAUUUUCCUCAGCUCUGUUGAUUCAUGCUUCAGAAUCAGAAUUAAAGCAAAAAUGCCAAGACAGAAAAUGUUGUGAAUCAUUGCAUAAGACAGUGAGAAGGAAGACGCCUACUGUUAUGGUUGGAAAUGUCGCUCUCGGAAGCGACCAUCCGAUAAGGAUUCAAACGAUGACUACAUCAGAUACUAAUGAUGUUGCUGGAACUGUUGAAGAGGUUAUGAGAAUAGCAUAUAGAGGAGCAGAUAUUGUGAGGAUCACUGUUCAAGGGAAGAAAGAAGUCGAUGCAUGCUUUGAAAUCAAAGAUAAACUUGUUCAGCUUAAUUACAAUAUGGGGUUUAAAUAUCGCGUUUGUUCGAUUCUUAGAGAGGUAAAGUGUUUAGAGUCUCAGAUAGAUCAUAGAUCAUCUCCAAGAUCAUGUGUAGAAACAGCAUCAUCAUCUUCAUUAGGUUGUGAGAUUGGUGAAGAUAGAGAAGAAGAAGAUUCAAGUUGA